CGAGACCGCCAAGAUGGCCACCGUUUUCUUGAUUUUCCAUUUGGAGACAUUCUGAUUGUGACAGAUUUCAUUUGAUGUGACACGAAUUCAUAGCUAGCGAGUGACGUCACAACCACACAAUUGUUUCCGCGUUCGAUAAGAAAGAUGGCGUCCCAUGUCUUGGCGUGGAGCUGCACAGUUUGUCAUCGCAUAUUCCUCACUCAAGAAGAGGCCGCUGUUCACCAUCUCUCCUGCAAAGACCAAGUGGUGUCGGGCAGCCAGCAUGUUGCCGUCGGGGAGCAAACCGAUGGAAGUGUGAGCGUCAUCCUUGAGGACUCGGUGCCUAUCGAUACCAAAGAGGAGGUGGUUUUGGACAUGGAUUAUAACCAAGUGGUAACAACUUCAAGUGGGGACUACAUCACCCUUGAUCCACCCCAUUAUGACGUCAUCGACAUAGUGCAGGCUGUCGCGGCCGAGGAGACAACAAUAACAACAGAACCUGUCCCGCCGUACGACUCGCAACUGAGCUCAGCAGUCCAGAGCAUUGUUAGUACAACGCCAAGUCCAGUAAAGGAAGUGAAGACCCGCAGAACCACAAUCAAAUUGUGUCGAGCAAGCCAGGAGGAUGGAGAAAUUUUGGAAACGAUUGACCCCAGUAUGAUUUCUCUGUCGACGACAAAGAAGGCCCAGGUCCCAAAAACAAAGGAUAGUACUGCACCUCCUCGGAAGGCGGAUGAAAAUGGCCCGCCGUAUGUCUGCAAAGUCUGCGCCGCUUCCUUUGAAUCUCGCACCGUCCGCGACAUGCACUGGAAGUCAGAACACUACGUCCAGUCGAAAAAGUGCCGCUAUAAAUGCUCGAGUUGUGCAAGAAGUUUCCGUAAACAGGAUGAGUUUGUGAAGCAUGAAGAGGCGCAUGCGUCUGGGAGAAAAAUGCAUAAGUGUGACGAAUGCGACUAUGAAUACGCGAUAGAGUUAGGCCUGAAAGCUCAUUUCAAGACCGUACACGCGGCAAAAGAUAAGAUAUGUCCGGUGUGUCAGAGGGGGUUUUCCCAUCAGGGUUAUUUGAACAACCACAUGUUGGCCCAUUCAAACACAAAACCAUACCAAUGUACAACCUGUGGACAGUUUUUUAAAACUAGUCACAUUCUAGGUUUUCACCGCAAGCUGCAUAUUGAUGAGAAGUGUGCGCAUUGCGAUAUGGUAUUCACUUGGAAACCGGCUUACGAGAAGCACAUUCUGACUCAUACCCGGAAGAAACAGUUGGAGUGCCGCACGUGCGGGAAGAUCUUGUGUCGAUUGCAGCAGUUCAAAAUUCAUACGGCAAAUUGUGAGAAGAAGGAGCACAAGCCGAAAUUGUGCCGACUCUGCGGAAAAUAUUUCUCCGAUUAUCAUGAGUACCGGAAACACAAGGAACAGCAUCCCAAACCGACCAUCGAAUGUGAGAAAUGUCGUAAAUGCUUUUAUACCGAAUCGAACUUGGACAGUCAUAUGAAAAUUCACACGCAAAAUUCAGAAUUUGAAUGCAAGCGUUGUUGUAUUAAGUUCAAGUUUAAAGAUAGUCUGCGUCAUCAUAUUAACUCGCGGGGUCAUAAAAUCGGAAAGAGCUUCGUGUGUCCGAUUUGCAAGCGUGGGUUUUUUUCGGUGCAGAUUUUGAAUUUGCAUAUGAAGGUUCAUGUUCGGAAGACGUGCGUGUUGUGUGGGGAGGUUUCGUUGGGGGCAACCGGGCAUCAGAAACAUCGCCAAGAGAAGCAUCCAGACGGGAGUCGGAAUCUCGAGUGUGCCACGUGCAGUUUGAAAUUUCCUUCCCUGGAGAAUUUAGCAGACCAUGAGAAGUACUACUGCCAAGGGAAAAAGUGGCAACCAGCACCCAAGGAAUCAGAAAUACAAGACGUACCAGGGUCAGAGAUUCCAGCCGGUGACAAAAGUUCUGAAAAUAUCAUCAUCCCGAAGCAGGAGAAAGUGGUUUUGAAGGGGAAAAGAAAGGCCGCCCCAGUCGAGGUGAUGUGUACAUACUGCGGAGUGAAUUUUUCCAUGUUGCAGAAUCUGAGAUACCAUAUGCGUCAAGAGCAUGAUGUGCCGUAUAUCUAUAAAUGUCGGCUGUGCGAGAAGUAUUUCGAGAAGCGUCAACGGCUCGAGGAUCAUGUUGGUGAGGUGCACAACACAAGUAAGAAGACACUGAUGAAGAAUGAGAACACUGGCACCAUCCAGAUGGUCAUUGAGAACGUCUUGAGCACAGACACAGCGAGUUGUGUCUACACUUGUGCUUAUUGCCGUGCGGAGUUUGACGAGAAGUCAAAGAUGGAAGGCCAUGUGUCGACAUGCACUGUGCUGUCCGAGUCUGGCGAGAGUCCAAGUUUGGCUGAGUUUUAUAAAAUCGACAAAGGCGAAGGCAAAGGGAAAUUCACAUACGAGUGCGUCAAUUGUGAAAAGAAGUUUGACAAGCGAACGACAGUUGAGGAGCAUGUCCAAGGGUGUCUGUUAAAGGGUAAACAGUCUAGUUUAGAUAUUGCUGGGUCACCGUUGGUCGCGACUGGGUUCAAAAUGAACGAGGAAGGGUCUAAGUUGAACACAACUUGGUCUAGAGUGAACACGUCAUGGUCGCCUCCGAGUACUGCUGAAAAGGAGGCCUACGAUGGCUACAAUAAGAUUUUGCGACGCCAUGUUUUGAUUGAGAAUGAAAACAUUGAGGAUAGCGUUGAGACGAUUUACGCGACGUAUAGUACACAGCGUGUAGCGGCAGCCGCGGAAUCUGCUCACGUGGGUCCGGAAGAAGAGCCGGCUGAAAAACCAGCAGAGGGCAAGUCAAGCGAAGAGUUGGGAGAAUUGGAGUCUGGGGAGAAAGCCACAGAACCAGUGGUUGCAAUUAAGCAGCCCACACUUGUCUAUUUCAAUAAGGAGUUUCAUGAUCCGGUCGCGAUUAUGGAAAGAUGGGAAGGCAUGCGCUUCACCGCCAAGGAUUUCCUGAUUUCGGACGACGAAGAGUUGGAUCCCGUCAUGAUUGCGGAGGAUGAGAAGUUAUUGGCGGACUGGAAGAAAGAGAAAGAAGAGCAGGGGCUGAAGCAUCCGGAGAAGGCUGAGAGGCGACGGAAGAAAAAAUUAAAAGGUGAGGAGAUGACGUCUGGGAGGAUGGGGCGUUCGCCAGGGUCGAAAGGCAACAGCCCUACGGCCGCACGGAAGCGAGUGAGACCAGGAAGAACAAAGGCAAAGAAAGUCCCAGCAGGAAGUGAUAGCGAUUCUGAUGCGAGUGCAGACGCGAUCAAAAAGAUGUUGACUGACAUGGGGACGCGUGCUGAUCAGGUAGGUCGGCCUAUUAAAUCGACGCAUAUUGUAAUUGAGAAGGCCAUGAAUCCGAUGUUGGCUGUUGGAGCGGUUUUAAAGAGUGCCGAAGGGAAUACUGUCUGCCUGCAAACGCCGCGUCCAUUGUUUCCGGCGGGUGGGAAGACAGUUACCCUGCCCAAUUCGGCUGGUGAUGCUGAGGCAAAAGUACCACGGUUUACUUUGACACUGAGCGGGAUUAAACCUGGCACCAAUCAGCUUCAUGGAUUCAUUUCGCUCGGUCAGCCGAAGACGCCAGGUGAUGGAGACCAGGCCAUACAUGCUACAACGCCAAAUGUUGUAAAGGCCAAGUCGCCAACUGUUAUCAAUUUGAAUGAAUUGAAAGGUCAUUUGUCUAAAAUGGUCAAUUCGAAGAAUUCUGCUGUAUCAUCUUCCCGAGACACUCCAGCCAAGAAUUCUGCUCAUAACUUGCCAACGGCCCUUCCUGCUGGGAUUCGAGUGAUCCCCAUUGCAUCGAGUGCAAAGAAAUCUGCCACUGCCAGCAAUGCGGAAGCGUUACGUAACAUGAUCCGUUCCGGAAAGUUGCCAAGUAAUGGUGCUGCCAGCAAAAACGCAAAACUUACUACUAACGACGAAUCAUAUGAUGACAGUAAUGUGGCAUCUGAAACGGAUGACAUAAUGAAAGCUGCUACAAAUCUUUCCAAGGCGUCUGCUGAGAAAAAUUUGCCGUCUGCUCAGACGAAUCGGGCAUCUGCUACAAAACGAAAACCAAACUCUCCCGUGAAGCGGACUGAGAGAAGUUCGAUUAAAAAGGUUUUGGAGUUUGGUGAGUCAAGCUCGAGCAGUCGUGCAAAGAGUUCGGGGUUGGCUAAGAGGAGGAAGAUUGAAAUAAAAAGAACCAAGUCUGGGAGGAGGUCGGUACCGAAGUUCCGAUUUGAUGAGGAAUUCGUGUCCGGGGAUGAACUGGAUGAUGAUCGUGAAGAUGAAGAUCAAGCAGAUAUUGGAAUCAGAAGAACCAAGUCGGGGAGGAGGUCGGUGCCCAAGAUCCGGUUUGAUGAGGAAUUCGUGUCCGGGGAUGAACUGGAUGAUGAUCCUAAAGAUGAAGACCAAGAAGAUGAUUUUGUUGGUGCGAGUGGUCAGGAUGACGAUGAUGAUGAUGAUGAUGGACAUAGUGGAGGGUCUGGUUUUGGUGAUGAUGAUGAUGAUAAUCAGGUUCCUUCAAGCUUUGACGACAACAAUGAUGAUGAUGUAUCCAUGGAGGUGACAAGUGGAACAAUCAAAAAUCAAGGAAGUCAGGCUCGGGUACAGACCCCCUCCGGUUCCGGAAUUCAGACAAGAAAGACGCAGAAUCUGUCUGGAAUUAAAAAGUUACAGAUUACGUCAAAGCCAGGACAACCGAAUCUAACCAACGUUGUAAUUGAGUAUAAAUCAGAUCCAAAACAUCUGGCCGUACCUGAUCAGUCCACAGACGCACUUUUCAAACCGGAAGAGAGGCUGACGCACCAAGUGAAGAAGAAGAUCCUGGCCUCGCCGUCUGUGAAGGAGGUCUUGCGGACGUUGAUAAAGAACAAAGGUGUUAAAGACUCAAGCCAUGAGGUAGCGUCACCUGGUCCUGAUGUCGGGAACAAGAUUGCAACGUCAAAGGAACAAGAUGAUAGUACCGUUGGUGCAGGCGUUGAAAACAAGGUGGCAGGUCCGAAGGUCGAUGAAAUAGCAUCAAAAGAUGGAAAUAGGAAGGUGGAUUUGACGAAUACGGGAAGUCCAAACAGUGUUUCGAAGGGUAGAUUGAGUUCUGAUGAAGUGUCACUUGGAUAUAACCCCAGUCGUAGGUCUUGCACGAUCUGCGGAAGCAUUUUUGAAACUUUAGCAGAAUUUUCCGAACACACUGCGUCGCAUUUCAAAGGAACGAAAUGGCAGUGUCUGUAUUGUUCACAGUCUAUUCAUUGUGACUUUCUCACGCAUUUGGGACACCACAUGAUGUGUUGGCGUACGGGAAGGCUGAAGAAGAACUUUAAAUGUCCGCAAUGCGAGACACUUACGAGCGAUAGUGUAUUGUUUGAGGCACAUAUUCGGAAUCAUGCUCGCCUUGGUGAAAUGUCUGCGAGAGAUUUUGCUGGUGACUGUACCUCUCAAGUUGAUGAUGAUGGCAAAGACAAGGAUAAUGAUGAAGAAGAGGAGGAUGUUGGUCGGGAGGAGAAUGAUGAAAGUCAAGAUGCAGAAAAAGCUAGAGAGGAAAGUCUUGCUGCAAAAUUGACAAAAACUGACAAAAUUCCAGUUGUUCUACUAGAAAAGUUAGAUUUGAUGGAGAAACUUGGUCUGGAUGCUGCAAAGAAACUUACUGCAAGAAGGGAUAAUGAAAGUGGCCUGGACGCUACUGACGCCUUUGCGGCAACUACCGACUCUCUGACUGCGACUACUGAUGCUGUGACCUUGACUACCGAUGCUACAUCUGCAACUACUGGUGCUGUAACCGUGCCUACUGAUGCUCCUGCUGGUACCAGUGUCAACACAAAUGAGAGCCCCAAAACCGUAGCAGUUGGUGAAGAAGUGAGGGAAAAACGUAUUCGUGGUCGACCGAAAAAGAAACGCUUUGGGGUAGCCAAUGAACACUUGGCUGAGGAAAAGGUCACAGAGAAGAGACCUGUCAAAUCGGGACCAAACGUUUCUAAGCAGAAGACCUACACUUGCCAAAAGUGUUCGACAUCUUACGAAAAUGCUACCGGCCUACAAGAACAUUUGUUGUCACAUACGCUCUCGGUUGCAUUCUGGAAAUGUGGGGUCUGCCAAGAGGCCUUCAGAUCAUUGGACACUUAUUCAAAACAUGUCCGCGAUCAUGCUCGACUGAUCCCUGUCUAUGCUUGCAAUGUUUGCGCAACGAAAUUCGCGUCACAGAAGGAGCUGAAUGUGCACAUCAAAAAGCAUGUCCGACGAAAUUUCGUUUGUGGAGAUUGUGAUAAGGUCUUCCAGACGAUGGAUGAAUUGACCUAUCAUGAUGAAACGGGCGAGUGCCACCAGGCACGGAAGUUAAAAUGUCCACAGUGCAACUUGCAGUUCAAGAAAGCAGCGGAUCUGGGCCAGCAUCUGAUCGAUGACGUCUGUGCACAUUGUGUCGUCUGCUCAAAAUGUGAGAUGGUGUUUUUGUCGAGGGAUCAUCUAUUGAAACACGAUUGUGCUGCCUCCACGAAGACGUUGGCUUGUCCGAAAUGUGCAGAGGUGUUCAAAUCCGAGAUGGAAUUUGCCGAGCAUUUUCUUCGCAAUGCCUGCAGUGGUGUCCCCGAGGCAAAGAAAGCCCUGGCAAGUCCUGCAAGUAGGACAGGUACUAGGAGUUCUGAUUUUGGGUUGGGCACAGAUUGUGGAUUUCGCAAGGCACAAGAUGAUGACUCGGAGGAAGAAGACAAUAUCCCACUGGCAAAAACUCCUCGCAAAAGAGCGUGCGGAUCUGAUAGUGGGCUUGAGGAACAGGGACGUGCACCAAAGGCUAAAAAAGCUAGCACAAAACUCAGCAUUGCUGAUAGGGGAGUAAAGCUAUUGGAGAAUAUCCCAAAGGCUCAGAGAGGUCGCCCUACGGCUAGUAGUGCCGUGGGCAGAGCGAAUGAUUCGAAAGCUGAAAAGGCGCAGACAAAAACUAGUAACUCUGAUAAAGUUUCCAAGCAACUUGGUACUUCUCAGAAAGAAGUCCAUGUCUGUAACCUCUGCGGGAGGACAUUUAGAAACCAUCAAAACUUGUCGGUGCAUGAACCUUCUUGCGCCUUGAAACCAUUCGGGUGCGAUAACUGCAAACGCCGCUUUGACACUUCGAAGCAUCUUUCAAAUCAUCAGUGUAAGGUGCUGAAGUCCAUCUUUGACUGCAAACUUUGUGGGAAACAGUAUAGGAACAGAAAGAGUUUGAGGAGGCAUCCGUGUACUAAGACCUACUGCAAGUGCGAGCGUUGCAAACGUCGUUUCGUCACGCAGAAGAACUACCAACAGCACUUGUGCUGCAUCAAGCAAGUCUUUAGAUGUCAGAAAUGCACGAAACAGGUACAGAGUCGGAGGUUUUUGCGUGAGCAUUACAAGGUGUGUGGAGAAUGGGCAUCAGCAUCUAUAACUUGUCCAGAAUGUCAGAAGGGAUUCCCAACGAAAGACCUGUACCGUUGGCAUCUUGAGGGGAAAUUUUGCGGCAGGGAAGUUUUCGAUUGUUCGAAAUGUGGCAGAGAGUUCCACAAGAAGAAUCAUAAAUGCACUGUACCGCAAACGUUUGUGUGCACUCGGUGCGGUACCGAGUUCCAUCACGUUAUGUCGGCACGGAAACACCGCUGCAAUCCCGCUAGGUAUGAGUGUAAGAAAUGCGACAAGAAGUUUGCGACAAGGAAAGGUUUCAUUUCUCACAAGAACAGCUUUUGUCGUUUUGUGCAGCGGUAUCACGAGACGGUGACAGGUGAAGUUGAACUGAAACAUAAGUCAGUAGAGGAUGUCAUGGAGCCAAAGUUAUCUGAAUGCCUUUGUUGCUUUUAUGUCUUCGGAACGCAGAAAGAUCUGGCUGAUCAUUAUUGCGACUCAUUCGGCGCAGAUAGUGACUUGAAGGGGCGGAUGUGCAAGGCCGGAAACUGGAUCCACUGCUCCGGUUGCGGCGGGAACUUCGGCUCUAAAAAAGAGUUCAAGGCGCACGACUGUAAGGCUAUGGGGAGGAAGAAAUGCCCAGGGUGUGGUAGCUACGGAUUGGAAAAAAAACUCGAGGAGGACAGCAAAUGGCGCUGUAGGUUCUGCGAUGCAGAUUUCGUAAAUUUUGAAAACUUUGCUGCAAAUUCUGGCAUCGUUGUGAGGUUUGAAUGCACAACUUGCCUGAAGAACUUCGACACGACGGAACUGCUCACACAGCACGACUGCAGUCAGUUGUCUUGUCUUGCCUGCAAGGAGAUUUUCCGUAGCGCCGUGGAGCUGGAGGAACAUGUUGCCCACUGCAGGAUGAAGUGUACAAGUUGUAAGCAGGUUUUUGAAACGGAGGAUGACUUGGCGGGCCACGUUCUGGGGACGGAUUUGAACAGUUGCCUUGGGGCGUACAUGCCGAAGAAGGCUGCCUCUAAAUAGGGCAAUGGGCCUUCUGUUGCAAGGUGUGCCUUUAUGAAAACUGGUUGUCUAGGGGGCUGCUAAAGAAAUGGGGCACUGAAUAGAGGUCUGGGUUACCCAAUCCAUGCUCAAUAUCAGUAAGAGAGAGGAGCAUUAAUCUCUCUCGGAAGAUGGUAUGUUAUGUUAUAUUAAGUAUGACCUGGCUGGUCAUGUGUUUGGAAUGGAUUUCAACCUUUAUCUACGUGUACAUAUGCCAACUAAGGGUAGCACUGUGUAGGGCAUGGAUGCUAUUGCAAAUCCGGGCUGAGCCCAUUCCUAAUGUUGCAUCAUUCAUGCAUUCAAAGAAUUCUUACCGUACCUCAUUGUCAUGUCAUGUCAAAUUUGCUGGUAUCUUUGUCUGCACAUUAUCCGGUUAUUUUGCUCUGCAUCCCAUUUUCAUUUUCACAAACUCCUUUGAACUUGAAUGAACUCAGUCAGUGAUCAUACUUAGUUCUAUAAUUCUUCUAUAAUAUGAGUUUUUUGGUUGUAUAAUGCAUGUGUUUCAUUAUGUAUAUAGUUGUUUAGUCACAGCCGAACAGAGCUUUUCAAAAUAGGUUCAAAUGAUGAAACCUUUAGCCUCUCCGUCUGUGACAGGUCAGAUUUUUAGUGUAUUCUUUAGCCACUAGUGAUUGUGUCUUUCAUCAUGGUCAUUUUUGAUAGUGUCAUGAACCAUCAAGUCAUGGUGUAUAAUUGUCUUUUUUAGAUCGAGGUCAUGAAUGUGACUGACUGCAGUUGCUGCUCAACCCUCUAGUUGCCACCCGUUGACCAAAACCUUCCUAGGACAGUGCCAAACAUCUUAAAUCUAUGCGCAACUGAUAAAAAUAUGAUGAAAAAAUUUUUGUUUUUUUUGUACUUCCCCAAUUGACCACUGUUUCUGUGGAGCAACAUAAGCAACACCGGUAACUAGAGGGUUAAUCAAUAUAAUUUGUACUCUUUUGAACUACUGGGUACUGUACUCCUCGAAAUAGAGUACAACUUGAUAAUCUUUUUGAACGGGGACGGUAUACAGGAAAUGUUUGUUACAAAAAAAUCUAGAGAAGAGUGCCUGUAUUGAAUGCACAUAGAAUGCAUACACUCCGAUGAAAUGAUUUUAAGUUCUCUUCAUGUGAUCUGUCACGGCAAAAUCAUUCGCAUGUCGCUCAGAAGAUGAGCCUUGAUGACACCUCGAGAUCGGAAGAAUUCGAUGUACUCAGAUUUCACAGUGGUCAGACGACAGUGAAAUGGACAACCAGUCCGUCUCAACCUGCCAAGCUUGGAGCAACAUGUGUAUGAUUUGUCAGUGAUGGGUCAGAUUUUUAGAAAGAAAACUCAAUACUGAUCCUAUAGAAAAUUAUGUAUGUGUACAUAGCUUAUAUGAUGUUCAAAGUUGGAAUGACAUAUAUAUAUACCUAAUCUAUGAAAAUUAUGCGACGAUUUUCAAUUAUCCACUUUUUUCGUACUUUGUAUGAAGGGGAAACUGGAAUCACCAGAAUUCAACAAAAACCUUUAAAACGGAAAAAGUAUUACCGGGAGGACAUUGUUACCUUUGAUGUGCAUGGCCUCAAACAAUAUCUUGUUUGAUUUUUGGUGUUUAAAGGAGUUCCGGUGAUCCUAAGAUUGGCAAAGAUGAGUCUCAAUAGUUUCACCCUACCGGUAAAAAGAUUUCUACCGUAUAAAGAUUUUUCAUCAAGUUAUAUUAGCGACAUCAUAUACCUGUACAGUCGUCAAAGAAUUGAUAAAUACGUUGUUACGAAUGAUUGUUUUCACUGCCAGUAAUAAUAUAUCAUUUGUAGUUCAAUAUGUCAGCUUUUCUCUUAAAU